AUGGGCAAGCUUGCGUGCGUGCUUGCAUCCGUGGUUGCGUUUGGCCAGUUCGGCUUGUCAAGCGCGGAAGAAGCAUGUGGCAGCCCUGAUCAUGCAGCGGGUGCCGCCUUGCUUUCGGCAAGAGUGAUGCGGGAGCGUGUAGCAGGCCUCAGCUCCGAAAUCAAUGAGUCGGUGACCGACAUUCUCCGCGACACCCUGCAGCAGGAUGCGAACGACACAUCGAAGUUUCCUGAUGCAGAAGCCAACACUACGCACAAUGACAGCACUACCGGAUUGGGUGGAUUGUCGAAGCCCUUCGAAUUCUUGUACGCGAAGGUUGCCGAGCUGGAGGCGGCUGUGCAGUUGCAGAACGCGGAGAUCAAGGUCUUAUCAAGUCGACUUGACGAGAAGUCAGAGCAAGUGGCUGCUCUGAUUGCGACUGUGCAGCUCCAUGCCCAGCUGCCGGACCAUGGCCAGCAUGAUCCUGAGCAGCUGGAGCACCACGUGGCAAGGGCAAGAGCCAGUGCACGCACUGCGCACGAGAAGCAUCGCAAACAGGUCUCAAACAUGCAGAAGGCCGAAUCCAUCAAGAUACUUCGAGCGGUGAUGGGCAAGCAUGCGCACCAGCAUCGUCAUGGAUUUAAACAUCCCCCAGAUGCAAACAACAUAUCAGAUCCCGAGCCGAUGCCAUCUGAUGUGAAGAAGUCGCUCGAAAUGCGGGCCGGCUUGAUCGAACGAGGUGCAGGCGACACUGCGCGGGAGUUGGACACCGCCGUGUCCGCAAAGGAUCCUUUCGGGGCUCUCUCGGAUGCCUACAAUGAAGCGACGGACCAAGUGUCUUUUGUGGCGAAUACGGUAAUCGACACGGUGGAAGCUGCGAUGGCGAUCUUGUUGAAUGGCUUCGACAUGAGCGCCGGUUGUCCGGACUCCAAGGCACCCUCGGCGAGCGCAGACGUGGAUGGGGUGAAGAUUGAUUUCGGGAGGCAGCGGUGUGAGAUCACUUUGGUCGGCCAGAAGGUUGAGCUUUUCGACUUCAACUUCGGAGACAAAUCCUUCAAGUGGUGGGGGCCCCUGGCCACUCUUGCAAAGCUGGGUUCCGCAAUCGCCGGCUGUGCCUCCGGUGGUGGCACAGAUGCCCUUGUGUGCUUCGCAAAGAUCUUGGGCAAUACGCUUCUGAAUGGUGUCCCACCAUUUAGCUUCCUCGCGAAGCUUGACAAGAUCAUGGAAGAGUUCAUUGAGGUCUUUGCCCUGAUGGCCGGCAAGCUUAUUGAAAAAGCUGUCGGUGACAGCACAAGCCUCAUCCAAGAGGCUGUCCAAACAAAGUUCCCGGAUGUCGGAGCUGCAGCUGUGGUGAAGAAAUACAGCAAAAGUUUGGAGCUUCGCCUCAGCAGCCGCCACGGCCCAAAGCACACACGACCAGUUGAGGCAAAGCCAUCAGCCGACGCCUCCCUACUCCAAAGCGAUCGAAGUGGCACAGAAUCGCUGCGCGGGGAUGAUGACACACCGGAGGGUGCCCUGGGCUUCGGAGCGGCAGACUAUGUCCCGCAAGUGCAUAAAUUGAUCACCCAGUUCAACGGUGUGGAAACAGACUCGGGCUCGUGCUUAGCAUUUGCCCCAAGUGUUCGAAACGGACCAGGCAACACAGUUCAACCCAGGGACUGGCAGACACCUGGGCCUCAAAGCAAUGUUCCACAGGAGUUCAUCAAGCUAGAGCCUUGGGCCGUGCCUUGCGGGAACGAUUGGAUGAAGCAGAACCCGGGCAAGUGGGAAGGAUAUUCUUUCUACACUUGGGAAGCUCCAGUGGAAAGGCUGGGUGAGGGACUACCUGACCCGGACGAUCGUGACUUGGGCAGCGACACCGAGAGUGAGAAGCUCGAACUAUGUUGGGAGGAGGAGGUGGAACACGAGACCGAGCACACCAAAGAAAAAGUGGCAGGAGUGGAGAACCAGAUGGAAAUCAUCGUGGAAGUGGGCAGGUUCUUUGACGACAACGGCAGCUGGACACUCCUUGCGGGAAAAAAGGAAAGCGCAAACCUCAGACGAGCGAGAAGGGAGGCACAAGUGACGCCACCGGGACCAGAUCGAAAAGCUGCUUGGAAGCGGGUACAAGCCCUCGCAAACGCGGAGAAGAAGCUGUGGCACACCAAGUUGCACGAGGCAGCCAGCAAACGAGAUUGGCGGGCGUACCGAGCCCACAAGCAACUCCUUCGCACACGCGAAUGGGAGCACUACCUGCUGGACGAUACCAACUGGCAGGGGGCACUCAAAACGCACUUCGAGGGCAUCUUCAAGAAGGAAGAGGCGGACACUGUGGCGAGGCACCUGGCCACCAGGAAGGACCAGCUCGCGCGCGCUUGCAAAACUACCAGGUGGAUCCCCUUCACCAUUGAAGAGCUUCAGGUGACGCAAGCCAAGUGGCCGCGCCGCAAGGCGGCGGGCCCCGAUGGGAUAGUCCACGAGGCACUCUUUUUCCUCAUGCAGGACGACUUGUGGGCCCAUCGCAUCUUGUACAUCCUCAACGAUGCACUCUAUCGGGGUACCCUCCCAGAGCUUCUCGAGAAAGGAGUAACCAUCCUCCUACCCAAAACCCCCACACCAGCCACCUGGUCAGACACGAGACCCAUCACCAUAUCGUCCUCGAUGCUCAAAUGGCUCGCGCAGCUUUUGCUUCGGCGCACACAACACCUACUGGCGCCGCUUUGCAAACUUCAGUGGUGCGCAAAAAACAGGCAGUCAGUGGAGAUGCUGUUGGCCAUCCGGAAAAUAGCGGGGAUGGCACGCGACUGGGGCGGACCCUUCAUCAUCGUGAAACUCGAUGUGAAGAAGGCGUUCGACACGGCCUCGCAAUGCAGUAUGGGUGACCUAGUCGCGGACCACAUCGGGGCACAAGGCCACCCGUGGGAGGCGAGAGUGUGGCUUUCUCUGCUCCACGCCAAGGGCAUGGACGUUCAGUUUGGAGGCACCGACGUCUUCAUCACCCAGACGAACGGAGUACGGCAGGGAGGACCGGACUCGCCCGUCGUUUUCUCCGCGCUCAUCGGGGACACCUUGCUGAAGACUGCCCAGAAAGUUACCGCAGACCCCAGAGGCCCCGAUUCUCGACUACCACCUCCACCACACCACACCGCCGGGUACAUGGAUGACGUGUACGUGUGGGGAGAAAACCCACGACACGUCCAAGAGAUCUUGACCGUGCUGGAAAGCAUCCUCGCGGAGCACGGCCUCUACAUCAACCACCUUAAGACCUGCGCCAUCGCCAACAAAGGGCAGCACACGCUGCGCAUAGCGGGGCACGCGGUUGAGACGCAAGGACCCAACCACCCUAUUAUGGUGCUUGGAUCACCAGUCUCCUUCGCCGGGGGACCCGCUUUCCUCACAGCGGAACUUGCCACACGAGCGAGGAAGGCCUUCUACGGGAACAAGAAGACACUGUGCGCCAAGACGAAGCUGGCCAGCAGGAUCAAAGCGCACAACGUGAUAGUGAGAGAGGCAGCACUUUGGGGGGCACCCACGUGGCCGAUCCACGACUCCUUGCUCCGCGCGGCGAACACGACUCAGCUCCAGCACAUCAGGAUCAUGAUGGAUCUCCGCCGGAGGUACAAUCCCAACCUGGACACGGAGAGACACAUCACAGCAACAGCGGGGAACACAAGAUGGUGGGAGGUGGCACAAGACAGAGAGCAGUGGCAAAG